AACGCGUUUUUGGCGGGAAGCGUUUACAUUUUCAUUAUUUUCCUCGCAUUUCCCAGCAAACAGCGUCCCAAAAAACACCUUUGGCAAGCAGCUGUCCUCAAUUUGUUGUCCAUUCUUAAAAGCACAAUAGAAGCAAGCGCAAAAUGGCUCGACGAGAUUACGCCCAAGACCGAGAAUCGAUCAAGACCUUCUUGUCGGAAUUCUGCAAGUGCGACGAUGAUGGCAAAAAGGAGUUCGUCUACGGCUCACAGCUGGUGAAGCUGGCCCAUCGGGAGCAAGUUCUGAUCACCAUCGAUCUGGAUGAUCUGGCGGAGUUCAAUGAAAGUCUCGCGGAAGCGGUGGUCGACAAUUGCCGGCGUUACACGUCCAUAUUCAGCGAUGUGAUUGCUGAACUCCUGCCCAGCUACAAACAGCAGGAGGUGCACGCCAAGGACGCCUUGGAUGUCUACAUCGAGCACCGCCUGAUGAUGGAGUCCCGCACCCGGAAUCCCAUGGAACAGCGCGAUGAGCGCAACUCCUUCCCCUCGGAGCUGAUGAAGCGAUUCGAGGUGGGCUUCAAACCACUGUCCACGGAGAAGGCGCACUCUAUUCGCGAGGUGAAGGCCCAGCAUAUUGGCAAACUGGUCACCGUUCGUGGCAUCGUUACACGCUGCACGGAAGUCAAGCCCAUGAUGGUGGUGGCCACCUACACGUGUGAUCGCUGUGGCUCGGAGACAUAUCAGCCAGUCAACUCGCUAUCCUUUACGCCCGUGCACGAUUGCCCUUCGGAUGAUUGCCGAGUGAACAAAGCAGGAGGACGGCUGUAUUUGCAAACCCGUGGCUCCAAGUUCGUCAAGUUCCAGGAGGUCAAGAUGCAGGAGCACAGCGACCAGGUGCCCGUGGGCCACAUUCCACGCAGCAUGACCAUCAUGUGCAGGGGUGAGGUCACGCGAAUGGCCCAGCCUGGAGAUCACAUUGUGGUCUCCGGAGUGUUCUUGCCACUGAUGCGCACCGGUUUCGCUCAGAUGAUUCAAGGUCUGCUCUCAGAGACAUUCCUCCAAGCUCACCGCAUCAUCUGUAUCAACAAGAACGACGAGAUCUCGGACAAAGAUGCCGAGCUGACGCCGGAAGAGCUGGAGGAAUUGGCCCAGGAUGACUUCUACGAGCGCCUGGCCACCAGCUUGGCUCCCGAAAUCUAUGGCCAUUUGGAUGUGAAGAAAGCGCUGCUGCUCCUUUUAGUCGGAGGAGUAGACAAACGUCCCGAUGGCAUGAAGAUUCGCGGCAACAUCAACAUCUGCCUCAUGGGAGAUCCCGGUGUGGCCAAGUCGCAGCUGCUGGGCUACAUAAGCCGAUUGGCUGUGCGAUCGCAGUACACCACAGGACGCGGUUCCUCGGGGGUGGGUCUCACGGCUGCAGUGAUGAAGGAUCCCCUCACAGGCGAGAUGACAUUGGAGGGAGGAGCUCUUGUGCUGGCCGAUCAGGGAGUCUGCUGCAUUGAUGAGUUCGACAAGAUGGCGGAUCAGGAUCGUACGGCCAUUCACGAGGUGAUGGAACAGCAGACCAUUUCGAUAGCAAAAGCAGGCAUCAUGACUACUCUAAACGCUCGCGUUUCCAUCCUGGCCGCUGCUAAUCCCGCUUUUGGACGCUACAAUCCUCGUCGCACCGUGGAGCAGAACAUUCAGCUUCCUGCCGCCCUGCUCUCGCGUUUCGAUCUGCUGUGGCUCAUCCAGGAUAAACCGGAUCGUGACAAUGAUUUGCGUUUGGCCAAGCACAUCACCUAUGUGCACAGCCACAGCAAACAGCCACCCACGCGAGUCAAGGCUCUGGACAUGAAUCUUAUGCGGCGCUACAUCAACCUGUGCAAGCGCAAGAACCCAACUAUUCCUGAUGAGCUCACCGACUACAUUGUGGGCGCUUAUGUGGAGCUGCGUCGGGAGGCGCGCAACCAGAAGGAUAUGACCUUCACCUCGGCCCGUAACUUGUUGGGAAUCCUGCGACUGUCCACCGCUUUGGCUAGGUUGCGUCUAUCCGAUAGCGUGGAGAAGGAUGAUGUGGCUGAAGCACUGCGCUUGCUUGAGAUGUCCAAGGACUCGCUCAACCAAAUCCACGAGCACCAGAAGGGACAUGUUCCCAACACCUCGGACCGAAUCUUUGCCAUCGUUCGUGAACUGGCUGGCUCUGGAAAGGGAGUCAAAAUCGCCGACAUCAUGGACCGCUGCACAACCAAAGGAUUCAAGCCCGACCAGGUGGACAAAUGCAUCGAUGACUACGAGGAGCUCAAUGUCUGGCAGGUCAACAUGGGACGCACGAAGAUCACAUUCAUAUAGAUCGCCCGCUUCAUCGCACAUCUUAUAUUUAGUGACUAAGUUUAUGUCUCUUUAUCGCCAAUCGUUAUUUCUACUCUCAUACAUUGUCACUUUACCAUUGAUCAUUGUCAUAAAUAAAUAAGAAUUUUGUAUUUGACCUAA